GGAGGGGGAGGGGUGCAGUUUUGUUCAUCUAAGCAAUUUAUAUGUUUUCGAUUCAAUCAAGUUUCAUCAAAUUGCCAACAUUCCGGUUGCUAACGUCCUAUAUAUUCGAAAUAUAUAGUUUGACACGUUAUUUUCUCUUUUAUUGCAAAACUUUGUAUUUUUCCAUAUGUAUGUAACCCAAUUUUGUGUUGGUCGAGAAAACGAUGGAUUUUUUGUUUUUACAUAUACAGUGCGCGGUUUUUUCUGUCAGUGAGUUCGCACGUGAGUCGUGGAUGAUUUCCGCGAAGAUUGUCUUUGCGCGUCAGCACAGCCGAAGUGUAUCGAUCCCACUGUAAAUUUCCAGUUAAUGGCAACCCUCCACCACGUAGACUGCGCAUGCACCCCCGAACUCACCGUGUGUUCACCGAGAGCCUUUAGUCUACUCUACAAGGUCGGAAGAAGUGUUUUAAUAAUCAGACAAGAGGAUCCUGAUCGCGUCGACUUUUUCACCUAUUCCUGUUCAUUCAGCUUAUCCUCGAAAGCCAAAAUCGAAAAGCACUAAAGCCCCACUGAGGGGCUCGAAGAUUACAGUCGAAGGAAAAGGAAAGAAACGAAAGGGGUUGCGUAUGCCAUUGUAACGGUAUUACUAUACGAUAGGUGAAUCUCGUUGUACCAGGUAAAGAGAUAAAUUCGUUCUCCAUUCAGUGGAGAAGAAGAGGUGAAUCUGGUGUGAAGGGUGAGACAGCUCGAGGAACCAUCGAACGACUAGAGAAGAGACCAAAGUACAAGUAAACCACGCGUGACCAACCAAGUAAUAUAAUCCAAUGUAUUACGGUCCCCCCGGUUCCGCAGAGGAAGCCGCCGAGGAAACAUGUCGCUACCACGGGAAUGGAGCUUUCAGGACGCGUGUCGGGCAUCGAGAUUGCUCGAGGACACCGACCUCGGCGUCGUCGCAACGGCAGCGUCGUCCCAGGAGAUGGUCGUCACAGGCAGCAGCGCGAUCAUCGACGAGAAUAUGAAUAAUCAACCGGCGACGCAGCUGGGCUCGUUGUUUUCCAUCCACUCAGCCCCGGUGUUCGACCUGAGCGGCAGCGUCGCCGUCGGGGCACCCUCGCCGAAUCAACCGGGAUCCCUGGCGGUCCAGGUGACGGCGACGUCAACCCCGAUCGUCCCUCCACAUUUGCAAAGCCCCGAAGGCACCCUUCUCGAGGACGAGGACAAUGACAACCUGCUGACGAUAUCCAGUCUCACUGCCCGGCCGCUCAUCGCUAAAUCCAGGGAGCUCAGGUCGGUGUCGGAGCGAAUAUUCAAAAUGACGAUAGAUCAUAAUUUAUCUCUCCGACAGGAUCAGGACAAGUCAACGCAACAGAAACUGGAGCUGCUGUUCGCCAAUGAUCCAACUGCCCGGCACAAUAUGUUGAACGAAUUGUUCCACCAGAACAGCAAUGUGGUGGCGAUCGAGUUGACCGACAGCGAUGAGGAGAAGGAUGUGAUGGGCGAAGGUCUUCCUAUGAAGUCCAUCGCCAAGAUCCGCAGUUCCAGUAUCCUGCACAGCGUGGAGGAUCUAUCGACGGACUCGACGUGUGUGUACAAGGCCGCGAGAUCGUCGCAAAGAUCGCUAAAAUCGUCCGCGACGGCGACGGGUCCGGCAGAACAGCAACAGCCACCGCCGUCGCCGCCAAGCAGGAUGCCGUCCUUGACACCAACAGCAUCGACGGAAACCAAGAUUACGUUCAUGCAGAGAGUGACGCGCUAUCUCGAUCUGUCGCUGCUGAAGAAUCCACAAUUCAUCAUGAUGUGCAUCUCCGUCAGUUUGAUGUCCACCGGCAGCCCGUACAUGCUAUACUACCUGCCGGCGUACGUCCACGCCGCAGGUUACACCAAAUCAGAGGCUGGCUAUCUGGUGGCCAUUUCCGCUGCUCUCGACUUGUGCGGUAGACUCGGCCUUGGCUGGCUGUCGGAUCUCAAGCUGUUCGAUCGGCGGAAAGGAUAUAUCGGAAGUGUAGUGGGUGCCGGCGUGGCGGUCCUCGCGAUCCCGAUGGCUCACUCCUUUUACGUAUUGGCGUGUUCUGUCGGCAUGUAUGGACUGUGCCUAGGCUGUUGGUUUCUCCUAGUUCCCGUCCUGCUCGCCGAUCAAUAUGGCACCGACAAAAUAUCGUCCAGCUAUGGUCUGGUGAGGAUGUUCCAGAGCUUUGGUGCAAUUUCCAUUCCACCACUCGCAGGUUACUUGCGCGACGUAACCGGAAGUUAUACCGUGUGUUUUCUGUGCAUGGGUACAUGUAUGGUUAUAGGAGGUUUACCUCUGCUUUUGGUUUUCAAUGAGAACCAGACAGAUCCAACAACAGCAACAAAGCUGCCCGUAAACGCUGAGAAUAACAAUCGUCAAGGGGACACUACCGUAAAAGAGUAAAUUAUUUUGAAAAUGUGAUCGUUGAUAAUAUGAAGUGAUCUAUAAUGUGUAAUAGGAAAAUAAAUAAAUCAUAACAGUUGUCACAAAAAAAGGAAA